AUGAGAUUGACCCGCGACAACAUCAACCAGCACGUCGUGCGUGCCCAGUAUGCCGUCCGUGGCGAGCUCGCCGUCAAGUCUGAAGAGUAUCGUGCCCGCCUCAACAACGGCGACAAUUCCCUGCCCUUCCAGCACGUCGUCUCGGCCAACAUCGGAAACCCCCAGCAGCUCGACCAGAAACCCAUUACCUUUUUCAGACAAGUUCUCAGCCUGCUGGAGAACCCCGAAUUGCUCGAAAAGGAGCAGGUUCUAAUCGACCAUGUCGGCUACAAGACCGACGUUAUCGAGCGUGCCAAAUGGCUGCUGAGGCAAGUCGGCUCUGUUGGUGCCUACAGCGCCAGUGCCGGCGUCCCGGCCAUCAAAGAGAGCAUCGCUGCUUUCCUCGAGCGUCGUGAUGGCUUUCCCGCCGAUCCCUCCAAGAUCUACCUGUCUACUGGUGCCUCAUCCGGUGUCAACACUCUUCUUCACGUCAUUUGCGCCGACAAGACAUCGGGCAUCAUGAUUCCCAUGCCUCAGUACCCUCUCUACAGCGCCACCCUCUCCCUUCUGGACGCCCAGCCCGUUCCCUACUACCUCGAUGAGUCCAAGGCCUGGGCCACCAGCUUUGAAACCAUCAAGGCCGCCUAUGAAAAGGGCAAGGCCGAUGGUCUCGAUGUCCGUUGCAUUGUCAUCAUCAACCCUGGAAACCCCACCGGUGCUUCUCUCUCCGAGGAGGACGUCCGGUCCGUCAUCGACUUUGCUCGACAGGAGAACCUCGUCAUCAUGGCCGAUGAAGUCUACCAGACCAACGUCUUCCUCGGCCAAUUCCACAGCUUCAAGGGCGUGCUGCGCAAGUUGCAAAAGGAGAACCCUGGCAAGUACGACGGUGUCGAGCUUGCUUCGCUCCACAGCAUUUCCAAGGGCAUGGUUGGCGAGUGCGGCCACCGCGGCGGCUACUUUGAGCUUGUCGGCUUCGAUGCCGAGGUCGAGGCCCAAAUCUACAAGUUUGUCUCCAUUAUGCUCUGCGCUCCCGUCAUCGGCCAGUGCCUUGUCGAGCUCAUGGUGAACCCGCCCAAGCCGGGCGAGCCGUCAUACGAGCUUUACAACCAGGAGUACUGUGCCAUCCAUGGCGGGCUCCGCGAGCGCGCUUCCGCUCUCCACAAAGCCUUCGGCCAGAUGGAGGGCGUCGAGUGCACCGAGCCCCAAGGUGCCAUGUACCUCUUUCCCACCAUCCGCUUGCCCGCAAAAGCUCAUGAAGCCGCCGCCGCGGAAAAGCGCGCCGCCGACGAGUUCUACUGCAUGAAAUUGCUCGAGGCCACGGGCGUCUGUCUUGUUCCUGGCUCCGGCUUCGGUCAGAAGGAGGGCACCCUCCACUUCAGAACUACUUUCCUUGCGCCUGGUACGGAAUGGGUUGCCGGCAUUGUCAAGUUUCACAAAGAGUUCAUGGACAAAUACAGAUAG